AAAACUACGUAAGUCCACGCAAACCACAAACAGAAGCAACCAAUCCCGAACCAUAAAAUAUGGGACUAGAAAAUUAGAUAUAACGACGAACUCCAGAGCUUUGAAGGCAAAUUUACCGAUGGAUUUGCUCAGCAAAAGCUUCAGGCUCGAGAGAGGAUCGUCGAUGAAAAGGCUGGGAAAAUCAAACAGCUCUCUUCUGGCUUCGGAAUUGGCGUCUUCUUCUGAGAUAGCUAGAAUUACUGCAUAUGAGAGGCUUUCAAAGUCUAUGAGGUUGACCGGCGAGUCUAGCGGCGGUAGGCGGAGGAGGAACAGAGCAUGGGCGUUGUUGAGUAAGUUCUUCUGUUUGAAGAAAAUAGGCGACGAUCAGAUCACAGUGCAGCGUGCGGCGAAGAUCAGGGCCAAGCCGCCGACGCAAGUGGUGGCGGAGGAGAUGAAGAAGAAAAGGCAGUCUUCUUGGCUUCCUGAUCCUCACCGGCGAUGGCCUGUUCAAGGGUGGUGAUACGAAAACUGGAAGGUGGGUUUCAAUUGGGUCAUGAUGAUAUGAGAAAGCUUAAAUUCUUGGGUUUCUGGUCAUAAGAUUGUCAAUCGAAAAUGUACAUCUUUUUCUCGCCUCUAUUAAUUGAUAUGUUCAAAUUGAAGAGAUCUCAUUGUAGCAAGUUGGAUCAAUAAUUAUACUGUAAUUUGUUGGCCACUUAACUAGGUCAUUUACUACUCUGGGG